AUGAGGCUCACCCCGCUGACACAAAUCUGUUCGGCACAUGUGUACCUGCAGUGUGUAUACAAAGUUUGGCUGUCCUCAGGUGUGAGUUGCGUCGUUUGGGACCAGUGGUGGACCUACGAUGGCAUAUCAGGCACCUCGUACUGGGGGGUGUUUAACCCGGACUGGGGCACGUGUCACAAGGGUCGUCGGCAGUCGCCCAUCAACGUCGAGCCCGAUUCACUUCUGUUCGACCCACAACUGGGCUAUCUACACGUCGACAAUGCCGCCGUGUCGGGCUGCCUGAGGAACUCCGGGCACGGGCUGGUGUUCAGCGUACUGGACUCGCACCGGGGUCAGGUCAAUAUCACCGGUGCCUCGCUCAGCUACGGAGAGCGGCUGCUGCGCUGGAUCCGACGCCGGAUCCCGUGA